AAAAUAAUACUGAUUUUUUUUAUACUUUAGUUGAAAAUCAGCGAACACUGAACACUAGCCAAGAUAACAGCCUCUGUGAUUUGGAAUACCAAUCAUCUGUCACCACUAUCGACGCCCACUGGUACAUUCCGGAUAACGAUACAGUGUUUAUAACACGAGCGAUGUGGGCUAUUGAGGAAUGCUCCCCGUAUUUUGAUAUUUGGUAUCCGUUUAUGGACUUCAUGCCGACUGAUACGCUGUUGAGUGCCCGUGCUUCACCAAUGUUACUUCAGCCUGGCCGGAGGUAUCGGACUGCGGUCAAGUUCUGUGCCAGUGAUAUUUGCUUUCAGCCCAGGCACAGCAAUGGUGUCACUAUUAUACCCAGUCCGCCUGUCACAAGUUCCAUAUCUGUUAUCACGACGGACAACAGAACGCUUGCAAUAUUUGAACGUUUUUACGACCCCGACAUUGAGGAUGAGACCAAAGCUCGUGAAGUAGUGAAUGGUUACCGCUGGGCGUUAGCUGAUGUAUCACAUGACAACUCGUUAUUAUCGGCUUGGAACAAUACAUACGAGGAGAAUUCGACGCACGUGUUGAUUACACUUUCGACCACUGAUGACUACAUCAUCACGACAUGCAUCAGGGUCAUAGUUCAGGGUCACAACAAAGUUUACAUCCGGGCAUCGGUAACAGUUGACGUCACAGACUGUACGAAACCACAAUUUGAGUACAUCAAAUCAGCACAGGUGUUAGAUGCCGUUGGGUUACAACUCUAUGAUGAAGAUGGAGUCCAAAUUGAAAACACAGGCCGCGAAAUAGACCUACCUGUAAACAGCGCAUGGUCGGAGGAAGAUAAAGAUUAUACGCCAUAUACAAACCAACUGUCGGCAGUGUGGCCGCGCCUCAUGCAUGGAGAGUACACGUGGGCAGUUCUUCUCGUCACAAACAUGGCAGACGUCAAACGUUUCACUGACACCUACCUCGAACAUCUGAGGGAUCUCUGCUCACAUCCAAAUACCAUCAAGUGCAAUACAACACGUUCAAAUUUCGUCAAUGUACCAUUCUCAGACGGUCAACUCCAUCACGGCAAACGAUACAUGAUAUGUAUAAACGCAAACGACACUGUAAAAGAACAAGAAAUAUGGACGCUCUCUCUUAAUGAAACCACCGCUUGUAGCGACGGAAUAACUGUUGACACAACUCCCCCUCGUGCUGGUAAUGUGUGGAUUGGACAGGACAAACAUAUAGACUAUCAGACGUCCACCUAUGAUAUGUCCAUUAACUGGGACCCAUUUUACGAUGUGGAAGAGUUUGGAUUCACUCCACAUUUCACUGGCAUUAAAGCGUAUUGGGUGUCUGUUGGCACACAUCCAUACGGACUUGACAUUGUACAGUUAACAAAUGUUGGUAUUGUUGAUCAUGUGACCUUUCAUGGACUUCGACUACAAACUGGACAUGCUUACUACGCGACUGUGAAAGCUUACGAUUUCUCCGGCAAGUCAACUUCUGCUACCUCCGAGCUUACACGUGUGGACAAUACCCCUCCAGAGAAAACUUCGGCUACAAUAACUAUGCUGAGUCGACAUAUUGUUUCCCAUUCAGCGGUACAAGUUUGCUGGACUGACGUAUUCCUGGACUAUGAAAGUGGUAUAUCCUCCUUCUCGUGGGCUUUGGGAUCAGAGCCAGGAGAUGAUGACGUCAUGACGUUUACUUCGGUGGAAAGUCUUACCGAAUGUGCAGAGACCCAUCCUGACGCUCAUUUAAACUUAACCGACGGACAGGCUUACUAUGUAUCUGUUAUAGCUCGAAAUAGAGCUGGCCUUUCUUCGUUGGCAACCUCAUGGGCGUUUGUAGCAGACUUGUCGCCUCCGGUCACUGGGAAAGUGUAUGAUGGGAAGUAUAAUGCUGCUAGUUACAUCAAGGAUGUUGAUUACCAAACGAGUUCAUCAAUGAUAUCCUGCCACUGGGAAGGUUUCUACGACCCACAUACAGCCAUUACAGAAUACACGGUUUCCAUUGGAAAGUGCAAGCACUGUGACGAUGUAAUAUCCAAUUAUUCUGUUGGGCUAAGCACAGAAAUGACGUUUGAUAAUUUGCUACUACGACCAGGAAAUAAGUAUUACGUAACGGUCUCCACGUGUAACACUGCUGACUUCUGUGUUGCUUCUUCCUCCGACGGGGUCAUCAUUGACAACAGUGUACCAGUCACCGGGGUCGUCUUAGACGGAAUUGGUGACAUCGACAUUGAGUACCAAUACCACAGGUCAACGCUUAGUACCACGUGGUACGGCUUUGGCGACGCCCAUUCCGACUUACGUAACUACGUAGUGCGUGCAGGCACAUCACGUUGGAGUGACGACAUCAUGGCACCAAAGGAGUGUCACCUGAGUGAAGCAUUGGUUAACAACCUGUUACCUGCACUGUUACCUGUUGGCAAAUACAUAUUUGUCACGGUCCGAGCAUAUAACAAAGCGGGUUUAUAUACCGAGUCUUCAUCCAACGGUUUCCUGAUAGAUGACAGCUCCCCAAAAUUUGACUCUAAACCGACCUUAGCGUCUGAUGCAGGAAGCAUGAUCCCCAAUGUAUUGAUAUUCCGUACAAGUAUGAAAGUUGUCUGGCAGAUUUCUGACCCAGAAUCUUUUAUCGAAAGACAGUACAUUUCGUUAGAAUCACACGUUGGUGGCGAUUUUAACCUCAGCUCUAAACAGUUGGAUGGUUUUACACGUGACUUUAUUCUGACUGGCCUUGAUCUCCAUGACGGAAGUACAUAUUACGUCACAAUAGUAGCAUGCAAUGGGGCGGAAGUUUGUGCAAGCUCCACUUCAGAAGGCAUCUUUGUUGAUUCUUCACCACCAACCCGGGGAAUGUUUGCUUUACACACGGAGCAUUCGGUGAAUCUGCAGCUACAACGAAAUGUGUCGGAUUGGAUGACCUGGACAGAUUUUAGACUAAAGCUCGCCUGGCUGGGCUUCAACGAUAUACAUUCGGGGGUGGAACACUACAUAAUUUCAGUGGGUGAAACUUACAUGGCAAACGAUCUGUUAUUGUAUCCAAAUGAACGGUUGAUACAUGAUAUAGACACACCAUAUGCCAAUGGAGAGGACGCCAUACAAGUGUUCAAUAUCAGAACCAAACGUUUGACUUCGUCAAUGAGUGUAUACAUCUCUGUAACAGCCGUCAACGGUGCUGGAUUGCGGAGUCCAGUUGUGCAUAGCCGGUUUGUGUUAAUUACUGGAGGUGCAAUGGAACUGGUCCGUCGAUGUUCUAGUCUGACGUGUGCUGGUCACUGUGUGUGCUCUCCUCAGGACCAGGCAUGUCCUUCUUCACAGACAUGUGUCGACGUCACAAAAGACAACCUAGGAGGAGUUAUGGUAACUGAUAUACAGAACAUCGGGUCAUCCUCUGAAGGCGACAUCGACUAUAUAUACAGCAACAUGGCUGUAUCUGCCUCGUGGCAUUCUAUAGGGCAGACUGUGCUUUGGUACGAGUGGAGUGUUGGUUAUACACACAGUGAUAUCCCUGAUGGAGUAUACGAUCAUCUGAAUGACCGGGUUUGGCACGACGCCAGUCAGUUUCAUAACGUCACGGUCACGUUUCCACGAGGGAAGGAGUUGAAGAGUGGAUUCCAAUACUCCGUGUUCAUAAGGUCAUGGUUUAGCAUUACGACUUACGCUGUAUAUAAAUCCGACGGUGUCACAAUUGUUGAUCAACCUCCAAGUGUCACAAAGCUGUUAGGAGCAAUGGUGAAGGAGCGUCAGCAUGGAACAAACAAGAAGGAAGUUGACUUUACAAACGACCCUAUGAAACUUUACAUAGACUGGUCCGGCGUAUUUCUGGGUGCUGAGGAACAUAUCCACAUAUACGACAUCUAUGUCAGCCUAUUCCCAGGCGGUCAUGGUAUAUUUGAAAGUUCUGAAAGUCUCCCAGCACAUUUGACGUCACACAAUAUAACCUGGGCGCCUUUUCGGUCACAAGUCAAAUAUUACACGAAUGUGAUUGGUUACGGACAUUCAGGAAUUUAUCGUACAGCUGUAUCAGACGGGUUUGUGUUCGAUACUGACCAACCAACCAGUGGCCUCGUAUCUGAUGGACUCGGAAUCCAUGAAACAGAUUAUCAGAACGCCUCCGAGCAGCUGGGUGCGACUUGGGCGGGUUUCCGUGAUACGACGGGACUGAUCGGUUAAUAUUGGUGUGUGGGAGUAACUGCUGACUUAUCAGACUGUUCGGUCCGCCCCUGGCGGUUUGUUGGCCUCCAUACAGCCUACUUCAGUAACAUCACAACUCCUGUCAUU